AUGCCACGAGGAAAACCAAAAGGGAACAAGGACAAAGGAGCCACGUGCUCCGGCGCCGGCGGAGGUCCGUCAAGCCUGGACUCGAGGACGAGAAAGAGAAGAGCGGAGAGUCAACUAGAUUUCCAACAGCCUACCCUCAGUGCCAUACAGGUCACACAAGUGCCUCCGACUGCUGUCGAUGAGCACCAGCAGGCAGGGACUAGCACAGGGUUUGAAAACCUGACAACUAGUGCAAGCACAUGGCAAGGAAAGAUGGGGACUUACAACUGUGAAAAACUUAUGUCAGAAUUUGAUAAUAUUUGUACAGAGCUUAAUAUUCCAUUAGCAGAGGACAAAACUUUGGGUCCUGUUUCUGUGCUUACAUAUUUAGGGUUAGAAAUUGACACAGUCAAUAUGCUCAUAAAAAUUCCUAAACCAAAAGUAGAAAUUUUGAAACAGUAUGUGCAGGAAUUUUUGUCCAGGAAAUCAGUUUUAUUGAAAGAAUUGGAAUCAUUAGUAGGAAUGUUCAAUUUUUUUGGCAAAGCAAUCAGGUCAAGUAGGGCAUUUAAUCGCAGAUUCUAUGAUGCAAUGAGUGGGGCCUCUGAGGCUCAUCAUCAUAUUAGGUUAUUGUCAGAGUUGAAGGAUGAUUUACACAUGUGGGCUAUAUUUUUGGAGAAAUUUAAUGGCAUUUCAUAUUUUCCAUCCAGAGAAUGGAUCAGCUCGGAUGUUUUAGAAUUGUUUACAGAUAGUACAGGUAAUGCAGAGCUUGGAUGUGGUGCAUAUUUUCAAGGGAGAUGGGCAUUCUUUGAAUGGGCACCAAAAUGGCAUUCAUCUGACAUAAUUAGGGAUAUGACAUUCCUGGAACUAGUUCCCUUGGUUUUAGCUAUUAGGUUAUGGGGUCAGGAUUUGGAAUGCAAAAAAGAUUUGUUUUUCAUAGACAAUAGUGCAUUAGUAAGCAUUGUUAACAAACAAACUUCCAAGUCUAAGAGGGUAAUGAAGUUAGUGAGGGAACUUGUUCUUAUGCUUAUGCAGUACAAUUGUAUUUUCAAAGCUAAACAUAUAGAAAGUAGCAAUAAUUGUAUCGCUGAUUCUAUUUCACGCAAUCAAUGGGGAAAAUUCAGACAGUUAGCACCAGAGGCAAAGGAGCAGGCAGAGCCAAUUCCACAAGAUUUUCUGCAGAUGAUUUACAGUUUCAAGUAG